UCGAAGUUGGGGAGAAGGGGCACCCUGGCUCCCUGUGCAGGGGAGCUUUGUGCCCGAUCUGCCCAGGGUGGCACAGCCUCAGCUUCCAUAGGGGCGCAUCUUGCCUGGGCUGGGUGUCCCAAGCGGCCACACAAGCUCCAGGCACCCAUCUCCUUGGUGAGAGGCAGGCACCUCGAGAUGAUGGCCAGGUUGCUGGCCAGGGCUUGCUGCCUUAAAGCUCUUCCUCAGGCUGCCAGAUGCUCCCCUGGGUCAGUGGCUGCCCGACCCUGGAGCAACGGGCCCCUCACUGCCUACAUGCCUGAAGCCAUCGCCUUCCCUGGACCCAACGACCACCAGGGCUUGUACAAGGUGUCGGUGGAGCAGGGAGAUGCCUUCUGGGGAGCAUUAGGGAGGAGCCGGCUCACCUGGAUCACCCCCUUCCACUCUGUCCAGGACUGCGACCUGCGCCAGGGCAGGGUCUCCUGGUUCCUGGGAGGGAAGCUGAAUGUGGCAGUGAACUGCCUGGACCGACACGUCCAUGCAGCUGCAGACAAAGUGGCUUUAAUCUGGGAGAAGGAUGAACCAGGAGAGGAGGUGCGGGUCACGUACAGGGAACUGCUGGAGCUGACGUGCCGCCUGGGAAACACCUUGAAACGGCAAGGGGUGAAACGGGGUGACAGGGUGACAAUCUACAUGCCCCCGUGCCCGCUGGCAGUGGCUAGCAUGCUGGCCUGUGCCCGCAUCGGGGCUGUGCACGCUGUGGUGUUCGCCGGGUUCAGUGCAGAGUCCUUGGCAGAUAGGAUCCGAGACGCCCAGUCGGAGACAGUGAUCACCGUGAACCAGGGGCUGAGAGGUGGCAAGGUUAUUGAGCUAAAGAAGACAGUGGACCAGGCUGUGAAGCAGUGCCCAGGAGUGAAACGUGUUCUGGUUUCCAUGAGGACUGACAGCAAGGUUCCCAUGACAGCCCUGGACGUGCCGCUGGAGGAGGAGAUGGUGAAGGAGGAUGUGUGCUGUGAGCCUGCUGCCAUGGACAGUGAAGACAUGUUGUUCCUCCUCUACACAUCAGGCAGUACCGGCAAACCCAAGGGUCUGGUUCAUUCCCAAGCUGGUUACUUGCUGUUUGCUGCUCUCACGCACAAGUAUGUGUUUGACUAUCAGGACAGGGAUGUCUUCGGCUGCGUGGCAGACAUCGGCUGGAUCACAGGGCACACCUACGUGGUCUACGGUCCCCUCUGCAACGGAGGCACCACAGUCCUUUUUGAGAGCACUCCCGUCCAUCCUAAUCCUGGCCGCUACUGGGAAACAGUGGAGAGGUUAAAAAUUAACCAGUUCUAUGGAGCACCCACUGCCAUCCGCCUGCUCCUGAGAUACGGUGAUGAAUGGGUGAAGAAAUAUGACCGCUCUUCUCUCAAAGUGCUUGGCUCAGUGGGGGAACCCAUCAACAAGGAGGCAUGGGAGUGGUACUUCCGUGUGGUUGGUGAGACACGGUGCCCAGUUGUGGACACGUGGUGGCAAACUGAAACAGGAGGCAUCUGUAUCUCGCCCCGUCCUUCUAAUCCUGGAGCUGAAAUCCUUCCAGGCAUGGCUAUGAGACCCUUUUUUGGGAUCAGCCCCUCCCUCAUGGAUGACAAGGGAAACGUCCUUCUGGAAAACAACAUUUCUGGAGCCCUUUGCAUCUCACAAGCCUGGCCAGGUAUGGCACGAACCAUUUACAACGACCACAAGAGAUUUCUGGAAACCUAUCUGACUCCUUAUCCAGGGUUCUUCUUCACUGGGGAUGGUGUGUAUCGCACCACUGAGGGCUACUACCAGCUGACAGGACGGCUAGAUGACAUCAUUAACAUCAGCGGGCACCGGCUGGGCACUGCAGAAGUGGAGGAUGUUGUGAAUCACCACGUAGCAGUGGCAGAGUCUGCUGUCAUCGGCUACCCACAUGAGAUCAAGGGAGAAGGAGCCUAUGUGUUUGUUGUGCUGAAGAAGGACAGUGGCUACACGCAGGAGACUCUUACUGCUGAGCUACGGGAGCUGAUCUCAAAGAAGAUCGCUAAGUAUGCAGCUCCAGAGUAUGUUCAGGUCACACAGAGGCUGCCCAAGACACGCUCGGGGAAGAUUAUUCGUCGGGUCCUAAGGAAAAUUGUGGAGGACAAGGCCAGUGAGCUUGGGGACCUAACGACCCUGGACGACCAUGAAGCUGUGCAGCAGAUCAUAGAAGAACGCAAGCGCCUGGUGGAGGGGCAGAAGAGCUGCUAGCUUGGUUCUGCCACCAGCCACCUCCUGCUCCUCUACUGCAGAACUGGGGUCACGUCCAGAAACGUCACUAAGCAACUGGUGGCCACUGAAUUUCCCACAUUGCUUCCACAACCCUACAGAGGUUCACAAGCUUCAGAUACAGCAGCUGACCCUAGGCUCCCUAGCAUGCAUGCUUCUUUACGUGAUGACUGGUGAGCAUGCUGAGAGGGGGCUUCUUCAGGUGCCAUCGGACAUGGACCAAGACCAUUAAUCACUAGUUCCCUAAGAAAAGAAUGUAUUAUAUGCAGCCUCUUGAUUUACCACCCUCCACACAGAUAAUGGAAUACUUUCACACUGAAUU